AAAUUAUUAUUGGAUGGCAUCAGGGUGGAUAAGGACGACUACCAGUGCAAGAUUGCACGGCAGGAAUGGAUAAAACUGUUGCGCGAGGCUGCACUGCGUGUGUGAGAGUGGGUGCGUGUGUGCGUUUGCGUGUGUGAGUGAGAGUGUGUGCUCAGGCCUACUUGAUGACUGAAGUUGAGCACAAAGAAGCAACAUGAAAAAUGGUGAUAUGGUACGAGUGACAAGAAGAGCCUUGGGGGAUCUGAGCUGUCCAGCUGAACUAUAACCCAACUUUUUUUUUCUUUCCACCCGCCAAAGGAGCACUGCUUGCUGCUUUGAUUAAAGAUCGCCAAUUAAGUUCAUGUGAGAAACAAGAGAGAGGAAAUCGGCUUCCUGGUCUGAGGGCCGUGGGGAGAGAGAAAAUUUAUUAUUCAUGUCUCUUUUUAGAGCAAUUACAGAACUGGCUUUGUUGUGGCCCAGAUGACAUAUAUCUAUUUAUAUAUUUAAGCUGAGAGGAUGGACAUUUUGCAUCACUAAAAAAACGACAAGUGAGCAAAUGACACCGUGGUGGCCCUCAAAGUAAAAAAACACUUGCACAAAAACGGACAGAAAAAAGGCUGAAGUGGGUUGAAGCAUGGGCUGUGCUUCAAGUAUUCAUAUCUCUGAUAGGGUGGUCUACCACAGUGGAAAAGAGUCUGAGGAUUCCCACUCGCCCCAGCAGACAAACACUACUCAGCAUCAAGGAAAUCCUGUCUCGGGACUACCCCUCAAACCCCUGAGCUGCAAGACCACAUUAGCAGAGGUGCAAUUCGGACCAAUGAAGUUAUUUAAAGACCCACUUCAGGUACUUUUAGUUUUUGCCAAAGAGGACGGUCAGAGUAAUGGCUUCUGCUGGGCGUGUGAGAAGGCCAACUACAGGUGCAGCAUGGCACGGACGCCCGAGUCGGCCCUCGAAUGCUUCACCGAGAAGCUUCACGACCUCGUCAUCAUUGACCACAGACAUUCCAGACACUUUGACGCUGAAGCACUAUGCCGGUCAAUGAGAGCGGUCAGCUCUUCAGAAAACACUGUGAUAGUAGCUGUUGUGAAGAGGCCAGACAGGGAGGAAGCCUCUGUGAUGCCUCUGAUCAACGCUGGCUUUAAUAGGAGAUAUGUAGAGAAUGCCAAUAUGAUGGCCUGCUAUAAUGAGCUGCUGCAACUGGAGCAUGGAGAGGUGCUCGCACAGUUCAAACUAAGGGCUGGAAAUGCUAUUUUCACAGCUCUAGAACAAAGCCAAGAGGCCAUUGAGAUCACUUCUGAAGAUCAAGUCAUUCAGUAUGUGAAUCCUGCCUAUGAGUCCAUUAUGGGCUACCAACAAGGUGAGCUCAUAGGGAAGGAAAUAAUCGAAGUGCCUAAAAGUGAGAAGAAUAAGCCUGAUCUCCUUGAAACAAUAAACUCCUGCAUCCGGAAAGGAAAGGAGUGGCAAGGGGUUUAUUAUGCCAAAAAGAAGAAUGGAGACAGCAUCCAGCAAAAUGUGAACAUCACACCUGUAAUCGGACAGGGAGGAAAAAUAAGACACUACGUGUCUAUCAACAGGCCUUUAAAUGAUAAUAAUAAGACUGAUAAAUCAAGUGAACGAGUGCAAGCAGAGUCGCAAACAGACAUCCAAUCCAGUAAGCACAAAGACCGGAGGAAAGGCUCUCUGGAUGUGAGAUCCACGACGUCUCGGGGGAGCGACGGGAGCUCACAGCGAAGGCACUCCUCAAUGGCCCGAAUCCACUCCAUGACGAUCGAGGCUCCCAUCACUAAGGUCAUAAACAUCAUCAACGCAGCACAGGAGAGCAGCCCCAUGCCUGUGGCAGAGGCCUUAGAUCGGGUACUUGAGAUCUUAAGGACCACGGAGCUCUACUCCCCACAGCUGGGCACAAAGGACGAAGACCCUCAUACGAAUGACCUUGUUGGCGGACUUAUGACUGAUGGUUUACGGAGGUUGUCAGGAAACGAAUACAUCUUUUCCACAAAACAGCCCCAUCACAUCCCCAGUCACCUGGCCACUCCUCUUUCCCUAAACGACAUCCCCCCUCGUAUAGCUCAGACCAUGGAGAGUGAGGACUCUUGGGACUUUGACAUUUUCAACUUAGAAGCUGCAACCAUGAAACGGCCUUUGACCUUCUUGGGUUUGAAAAUAUUUUCCCGCUUUGGGGUUUGUGAGUACCUCAACUGCCCGGAAGCCACUUUGCGCUCCUGGCUACAAGUGAUUGAAGCCAACUACCACGCCAGUAACUCCUACCACAACUCUUCCCAUGCGGCCGAUGUCCUGCACGCCACCGCGUAUUUUCUGUGCAAGGAGAGAGUCAAGCAAAGCUUAGAUCCCAUUGAUGAAGUGGCUGCCCUGAUUGCUGCCACCGUACACGACGUGGACCACCCGGGCCGCACGAACAGCUUUCUGUGCAACGCGGGAAGCGAGCUGGCAAUCCUCUACAAUGACACUGCUGUACUGGAGAGCCACCACGCAGCUCUCGCCUUCCAGAUCACAACCCGAGAUGAUAAGUGCAACAUAUUUAAGAACAUUGAAAGGAAUGAGUAUCGACAACUCCGCCAGGCAAUCAUUGACAUGGUGCUUGCCACCGAGAUGACCAAGCACUUUGAACAUGUCAACAAAUUUGUCAACAGCAUCAACAAGCCGCUGGCUGCCCUGGAGGAGAACGGGGGUAAUAAUGACGAAGAGUCGGUGAAAAGCAUUUUGACGUCCCCCGAGAAUCGCAUCCUUGUCAAGCGAAUGCUGAUUAAGUGUGCGGACAUCUCCAAUCCAUGCAGGCCUCUGGAGCUGUGUAUAGAAUGGGCUGGGCGCAUUUCAGAGGAGUAUUUUGCACAGACAGACGAAGAGAAGAGGCAAGGCCUUCCAGUGGUCAUGCCUGUCUUUGACAGAAACACAUGUAGCAUCCCAAAGUCGCAGAUUUCUUUUAUAGACUACUUCAUCACGGACAUGUUUGAUGCUUGGGAUGCUUUUGCAGACUUCCCCAAUCUUAUGCAGCACUUGGACAACAACUUCAAGUACUGGAAAGGCCUGGAUGAGCGAAAGCUGCAUAGCCUGCGACCGCCUCCAGAGUAGGCGGUGCAUUCCCCCUGCUUGUGUUGUGUGGGUGCAUACGGAAAACACAGUCCUCCACAGUGACGUUCUGACAGGCAGCUGCAGCGCUGAUAUCGCCGGCACAUACAAGCUUGUCCGAGGACAACUGUGGAAAUAAAAAACAGACGUGAACACACGACAGCACCCUUUGGAACUUCUCGUGCCUCUCAGGCAUUUGCAGUGUAGCUGGUCAUGACAUGAGAAGGGGGUCCCGGACAGGCCUCGUGGAUAAGCUUCGGUCCCGUGUGCACCAUACGGGGCUGUGAAACUGACCUUGCUGUUUGACGAGAAACUGCUUGUUUACUGAACGAGCCAGCAACACUGGAGGAGAGAAUGGAAACGUGGUGCGAAUAAAUGAAGGUGUUCAAUACGAGUCAGGUCAUACAAUCGCCUCCAUCCUCCAUCCUUAUUCACUCAGUAAGGCAAGACUGCUCCUUAUGCUCCUGGAGGCUGAAAUAUGAAAUAUCUUUUUUUUUUCCUCUCUGCUCAAUAACUGCUCAUGCAUUUCCAUGUGCCCAACAGAAAUGCAUCCAAAUGGCAUACCGUAACUGGCAUGUGGGAGUGGACAAAAACCCUAAUAAUGCAACAAUCAUAGGUGAACAAUGACAUUCUAUUUGGAAUGCUCACUUAUUGAGACUUACCAUAUUUUCCAUUUAAAAUAUCCUAAUUGAACUUGUUGGUCAAUAUGAAAAUAGAGAGGGGGGGGGAAAGCCAAAGCUAAUCAAUUCAGAUAGAACUCACUAUUAUCCAUUUUAUUUUCUUAUCAAGAGUACAGUACCAAUUCCAGACUUUUGUAUUGCACUGUAAACCCUAUUAAAAAUGUUUCCGUUUCGGCGGGUUGGGUUGUUGCAUUGGAGAACAGGCUGUUAUCGUUGAUCAUCAGGAGUUGUCGUGUGGAUGCAAUCAUUGUUGCAACAAGCCUCACUCUCUGGUUUCAUGCUGUAAACCGCUUGACAUUUGACAACAGCAGAGAUAUGUGAAAACCAUUUGGACUUGAAUUUUGUUUUUUUUUUCCUGACAGAAUUUUUUUUGUAUCUGGUUUAUCCUACUGAAAAGACUUGCCUUAUUUUAUACAAUAUUUAUACAGUACAUCCCACUGUGCAACUGCAAGAGACAUCUGGAGUUUUUAUUAUAACAUAGUCAGGUUAUGUUCAAAUAAAUCUCAAUAUUUUUAUAGACUUUUACACUGGAUUUGCAGCAAAUGAGAUCAACCGUUAUAGUGAUCUGAAUACCUGUGAAUUUGGUGGUCACACAGAGCAUGUAUAUCGAAAAAUGAGUUGGUUAAUGACAGAGGAUGUGCAUCAUAGAACUGUCUAUCACUGUUUUGAAGCGGCCUCACAUUGAUUUCAAUCCCAACGUCAUUCUAUUCUGGCCACUUGUCUCCAGCAUCCUUCCGCACGGACCCAGGGAGCAGAUUCAUCUUCAAAGGUGGAUUCAGUUUGAUUACUAAUGAUAUACAUUGAAAAGAUUGUUGCUGAUGAAGAAUAUUUCCUUGUUAAACAGUAUAUAAAUGCCAUCGACAAAUAACGGUUUGUCGUAUGAAGGCGGUUACUUUGUAUGUUAGUUUUUUUUUCUCUGAUGACACAACUGUACACUCAAUCAGAAGUCUUGUUUCUUCCUUCUGAUUCACAUCUUGGUCUGAGGGCACGGAAAAAAUAGAAACUGUUCAAUGAAAAAUAAAAAGAAAUUAUUCAACGGCG